GAAGUAGAAAAUCAGGAUGCUGAACAUAGGGUCCACCCAGGGGGAGCCGCCCCGGGGGGUGUACACGCUGGAGACGUGCCUGGAGGAGAUGCUGAACAAGUCGCGCCACACCCACCAGCCUCACUGCCCGCCGGAGUGGGAGCAGUACUCGAAGCUGUGUUGGGGACCGGCUCCUGCAGAUUCCAGAGUCGCCCUCCCCUGUCCUGAUGACGGGUUCCUGAACCCCAGGCAGUUGGCCUACCGCACGUGCACCCAUGAUGCCAAGUGGUAUGUCAACUUGACAUUUGAUGACAAGCCGUACACCGACUUCUCCGAGUGCUUGAUCCCUGAGACGUCGACAUUCGAGGAAGAUUUAAGAAAACUUGUGGGGGAGAAGAUAAUGCUGGUACUGAAGGCGUUGGACGCGUCAGAGCAUCUUCGGCUGACGCUGCACAUCAUCUCUGUGGUGAUGUUGGUCGUCACCGUCAUCACCAGCGUCAUCAUGGCCAUUAAGUCCAAGGAACGCCGCACGGAACCGUACAGAUUCGUGUCUUUUAUAUUCGGUGCCGCGGCUCUUCUCCUGAACAACGGCAUCACGCUGUCCAGCAGCGCUGUGAACAAUGUCUGGCACCAAUCGCGGUGCCGGACAGCCAAGUACCUGGUCAUCUUCAGCAGCAUCAUCUUAUACCAAAGCUUGUUCGGUUACAUCUACCUGUCUAUCGCUACUUUGAUGGACUACGUCCUUAAACCUGUUAAAGUUAGGUUAGUCGUGUUGGGGGCGUUUAUUCUAGCCGUAGUUCUGGUUAGCGCAGAGGUCAGCAUAGAGAUUAACCUUUACUCUAACCAGUUCUGUGGGUUCGGCACGCUCCAGACUUCCUACCACUGGAUCACCACCGGCUUCAAGCUGCUGCUCAUCCUCUCCAUCAUCUGCCUCGACAUCGUCGCUGUCUUCGGAUCAUUCUAUCUCAAGCUGCCUCACCUCAGCGGCGUCACGGAGCUCCGACUCCUACGUCAGCAGAGCGUCAGCGCCAUGGUGGUGACGCUGUACAACACCAUCCGCGAGGUGUUGCUGAUCAUGGUGUACGGUGUGGCCUACCUCAGCUACUUCGACUCGCCCAUAGAGCUCUACGUUCGCAUCUUCUCCAUCGUCAACGCGGCUCAGGGCAUCAUCUACUCGCUAUUCAUGUGUUUUAUAGACCUGGAGCUGUGGUACUUCCUCCCCUGUAUCCACCCCCAGCAAUCCACCGCCACCAACAACGCUACCAGCUAUCUCUUCAUGUCCGCAGAGCAUGCGCAAAUCACGGAGAAAAACAAGUUCAGCAAGAACCAAAGGGAGUUAAGCGAUGAAGAUAUUAUUGACGUGGAUUAUCUGCACUCGCGAGCAAACAAGACGGAAUCGAGGCCGAAAAUUUACGAGACCCGUGUGGUGUUUGGACCAAUCAGUUGACGGUAGAAACAUCAUGCACACAUCACAUACAUCAUGCACACAUCACAUGCAUCAUGCACAAAUCACUAACAUCAUACAGACAUGACUAAAAUCAUACACACAUUACAAAAUAGAAUGUGUUGUAUCAUUUGACGAUAGACUAAAACUUACAGACAUCCCAAAACAGCGGACAUAAUAAUUAUUUUAACGCUACAAACCUAUAGACAUCAUAUAUCGCCAUAUAUCAAAAAGAUAAACAAAAUGCUGACAUCAUACUGACGCCAUAGACAUAACGACACAGCCCCCGUCAAACAAGCAUAACGAACAUAACGAAAACAUGACAUGGAUGUAUACAACUAACACCACGUGACUAAAGUCCCAUCAACAUCCAGGGCAGCAUGACCUACCUGACGG